UACACGGGUCAAGGUAAGCUUCGGGAGCCCGUUUUCUCACAAAUGGAAAAGCGAAAGUCCAGUCGGUAGGCAAUCACGACUGGCGAUCCCUUUAGUGCUGUCAGUCGGGUUAUUGCCGUUUACCCACCUCUGCACAGAGAAAAUCUCUGAGAUUGUGCACUGUGUCAACAUGGGGGAUCCCUCAAAAGAAAAAGUCUUGAAAGAGUUUACAAUAAUUCUUGAGGAAUUUCUCAACCAGUGUGAAAGGGGGUCAGUCAAAUCCCAGCAUCAAAAUGACUCUAGUGUAAGGAAACAUAAUCUGGCACAUGAACCACAUAGCAAGUCUAAAUCUGCAUUGUUGAUGUCUGAAACUUCAAAGCUGGAGCAAAUGAGUUCAGACUCUCCUUCAGCUUUAUGUUCAGACACAGAAAGAAAGCAUCAGAAGAAAAGUUUUUUCCGCAGAACCAGAGACAGGUUACUGAGUACUUUUCGUCGUCAAAGUACAGCAAGAAAAGCAACAUCCAAGCAGAGCAGCAUAGAGAGCAACAAAACAUCAGCUACUAAAAGAUUAGUUCAAGAUAAAACUUUUUAUCAGAAAGAUGGAUAUAAUAGAAAGUUGUGUGCAGGUCAGGAAAUUUGUAAAGAGACUUCACUCAAUCCUGCAACUAAUGAAGAACUCAAUUUGCAUCAGAUUAUGAGUAAAUCUACCAGAAAUCCAGAACUUGGUGCUGGUGAGCAGACUGAGACUCAGCAUGACAGAUGUAACAGGAGGCCAGCACAUUUUUCUUCAGGUGAAAGAAAUGAAGAAUGCAUAAACUAUCACCAGAUCCCACAAGGUUUGAAUGGAGCAGAUUUUAGCACUCAGCAAGGAGACCAGGCACUGGCUUUGAGCUCAGCCCAGACAAGGGUCCAUGUCACGAUGAAAACAGUGCUUGAUGAGCCGAGUGAGGAUAUAAGGUUCAUCGACGAGGAUGAUGAUGAUGAUGAUGAUGACAAAAAAGUUGGUCAAACAAACAACUAUGGUGAUCAGUCUUCUGUACAACACAGAAUCGCCCCAAAACUGCAUCUUCCAUCUGGUGAAUCCAGACCACUUGCAAUCACUGCAAAUGUUGAGCAGUCUGGGUUAGCAUUAAAAGCAGGAUCUGGGACCGGAUCAUCAUUACAUCAUAAUGACAGGUUUUUACAUCAACUCCAGAAACAGUCUUCACUUGAAAUAGAUGGAGAUGAUAUGCAUGAUGGAGAGGAAGCUACUGCCGAUGGAGAAGCUACUCCCCUACUUAAUUCUACAGAAAAAAUCAAAGAUGAAGAGGUCAGCAAAAUUGCAGAGAAAAUCAUCAAUAUGGCAGAUGAAUAUGUUGAAAGCACUAGGGCUGCACAAAAAGAGGAUUUUCUGGAAGAUCUAGAGAGGCAAAUUGCGGAAUGGGUGAGAACAACAGGAGACAAUUAUGCCACAAUGAUGGAUCGUCAAGGACAGACAUUCAUACAGCAGCUCACAGAUAAAACUUAUGAGGAUUUUAAAAGGAUAAUUUGCAAUUCACUGGGUGAAGAAGUAACUUCAAAUCAUCUUGUCAUCCUCUUCUACACUGUGAAGGGUACACUGUCGUUGGUUGGGCGAAGUUCCACAUUUGUCACUAGACUCAUACAGUUUGCUUCACGUUACUAUAUGGAUGAGAUUCAUGGUUGGCUUACACAACGUGGUGGCUUUCAAUCUCUUUUGGAUCAGACAGAGUCAUUGGUGGAUUCAGAAGACUGAAUGGCCUAGCAACUACUGGGAUCAAUAUCUUAAUUUGAAUUAGAAAGCAUAACCUGGAUGAAACCAGAAAGAGUCAUGUCAACUGUCACACUAUGGUAUGAAAGCGUGAGUGUGGGAGAUGCAAUUUGUCAGAUUGGUGCUCGGGGUUGUGACUAACGUUUAGAAAGGACAAAAACUUAGAUUUUGAAGACUUCACACAUUGCUCAAAAUUUCAGUUUAUGCAAUUGACUGAAGGGCAGCAAUUAAAGAAAUCUCUGUAAUCGUGGGCAUUUUUAUAAAAUAUGUGUUUCCGAGAUAUAUAUAUUUAUUACAACAUAUAUUUUUUAAAUGUGAUAUGACAGUAAACUUUUAAGAUCACUUUUUAAGAUCCUUACACAGGUUUUAGGAAUUGAUAAUCUCUUUCACAAUGAAUUAUUUGUUGAAAGUUGUGGUCUUAUAGAUAUGACAUUCCUAAUCAGUUCUCGGAAUCUCUUAUAACUCAAAAUAAAUAUUUUGAUCCAAUUGGUUGUGGUAUGUUGGUAUGAAUCUUUAAUCAAUUAAUUUAUGGGUGUUUUUAAAAUACAUUGGUUUCUUGUGCAAGAUGUUAAAGUUUUUAAUAUUGUGUUUGCUGUUCAUGCUGUGGAUAAUGGUGAUGAGAAUGUUCUUGAAAUUUGUAAAAGUAAAGAAAUGACUACAAA